AUGAUCAGAAGCCUCACCCGACACGCGGGAGACACUCACCCCACCGGCAGCGCCGCCCGAGCCAAGUCGACCCGAACCAUUCUCCUCGUCUGUGGGCUUUUUGCUGUCUGCUUAUUGCCGUUCCACACCACCCGCAGCAUCUACCUCUUCGUCCGCGUGUACCGGGUAGCUGACUGCCAACUCCUACAGCGCUGGAGUUUGCUUUACAAGAUCUGGAGGCCGCUGGUGAGCCUCAACAGCUGCAUCAACCCCCUCCUCUACUCUCUUUCUGGUCAAACUAACAGAGCCAGGCUUGCUUUGGAGCUCAGACUGCCCAAGGCAGGUCCUCUGGCCAGGCCCGCCAUGGACACAGAGGGAACAGACGCCCCAGCCAGGCUUGCUCCUUGCUGA